AUGCAGAGCGGGGAUAAUCAAAGGGUCAUCGUCCUUGCGAACCAAUGGCUUCAUAACUUGACUGUUCAGCUUGUCUUUUCUAACCUGGCACUUCGAGAUCAUGAUGUCGAUAUUGCUGUUCUCCGCGAAGAGCUUGUAAACCUUGACCAUCUUGUCCUGGCCCUGACGCAAGCAACGUGCAUAGGCCUGUCUUUCGUGGUUCAUGUUCCACCAGACCUCCAUCUGGAUAAUGACGGAUCCCGAUUUGAACUCCUCUCGGACGGCCUCCUUUUGUGUGUGUCAUUGAGGGUGCCAUCAAAACGAAGACAAGUGACGUCCGACUGCUGCUUCAAUACCACGGCAACAAUGUCCAGAAACUUGAGAUAG